GAACACGACUAGACUUUUUCCUUUCUAGACAACCAAACAACCAAAAACAAACCCAGAGAAAGUGAAAGAAAAUUAGAUACAGAUAAAUAUACAUAAACCAAAAGAAAAAUUAUUAGGGAGAAAAAGAAAUGAAGCACAUUUUCAAGAAAUUACAUAUAGGAAGUGGUCAUGAGCCAAACCACCGACCGGACGAGACUCCUUCACCAUCACAAUCUUGCAGCUCCGAUCACCGUACUUCCUCCGUCAAUGCUCCCGCGAGUCCUCCUUCAACGUCUUCGUCACCAGUAAUUGCCACGACGAUUGUUACUUCUUCGGCGAUGAAUAAUAAUAAUAAUAGCACUAAUAAUAAUGAUAAUAAUACUAACAACAAUAAUAAUAAUAAUAAUAAUAAUCGUACGGAUUACUAUGCUUCAGAGGAAGAUUACCAGAUACAGCUAGCGCUGGCGCUGAGUGCGAGCGCGUCGAAUUCGGAGUUUAGAGAAGAUCACGAAAAUGAUCAGAUCAGAGCAGCGACGCUGUUGAGUUUGGGAAAUCAUAAUAAUCAUACUCAUAAUCCUACUCAUCGGAUCGAUAUGCCCAGGAAUAAAGGAGAGCUUGCUGCUGAGGCCUUGUCUAGGCAAUACUGGGAAUACAAUGUGCUGGACUAUGAAGAGAAAGUAAUGGAUGGUUUUUAUGAUGUGUUCUCCAGAAGUCCAGUAGUCCAAGCAAAAAUGCCAUCUCUCACAGAACUAGAAACAAACCCUGGGAGUUCUAGUUUUGAAGCAGUAGUAAUAAACCGAGCAAUGGAUCAUGCAUUGGAAGAGUUGGUCCAAGUUGCACAAUGUAUUGCUCUAGAUUGCCCUGCUACAGAUGUUGGCAUUUUAGUACAGCGACUGGCAGAAGUUGUCACAGGACAUAUGGGUGGGCCAGUAAAGGAUGCUAAUAUAAUGUUGGCAAGGUGGAUGGAAAGAAGCACAGAUUUGAGGAAAUCUCUCCACACAAGUGCAUUGCCUAUUGGGUCGAUAGAUAUUGGUUUGUCUCGCAUCGGGCUUUACUUUUAAGGUCAGACUUAUGUAUUGGCUGACAAUAUAAGGUUUCCUUGCCGGCUGGUGAAGGGUAGCCAUUACACUGGUAUAGAGGAUGAUGCUAUCAACAUAAUAAAGUUAGAAGAUGAGAGGGAGUUUUUGGUUGAUCUCAUGGCAGAUCCUGGGACACUAAUACCAGCUGAUGUUCUGAGUGCAAAAGACACUACCUUUAAAUCAUAUAAUCCAAACAUAAAUAUAAUCGCCGGUCUUCAGUCUCCUAAUGAGUCUGAAAUUAUUUAUACAAGAUCAAGCCCAUCAUUUGGUGAAGGCAGUAGUCAGAACUCUUCAAUGGAUGGUAGUUUGCCUCUGGAUAGAAGGUCAAGUAAUGAAACUGCAGAAUCCUUGGCUUCAUUCUCUGGUGCUAGUUCCAAUGUUGGUGUUGGUUCUUCUGGAGGACCUAGUAAAGUAGCUUCUUCUAAUCAACAUGGUAAUAUUUCCUCCUUGGCUAUUGGGUACAAGGGGGGUCGUGGAACCCAUGCAGUUGCUGAUGCUGUGCGGAUGAAUGUCAAUGUGAUUCCAUAUGGUCAAAAUAGCUUGGAGGAUUCUAGAAACCUUUUUUCAGAUCUUAAUCCAUUCCAGAUCAAAGGAACAGGCAAAAGUUUCAUGCAUAACAAACCUGCUGAGAAUAAAGUUGAGGACUUUCAUGGGCAGAAAGAUAAUCUCCUUCCUGGUCGACCCCCUGCACCAUUGAAGUGGAAAAAUCGAUAUGCAUAUAAUGAAGUCCCUAGGAAAAAAGAAUAUGAUUAUAUAGAGGGUCUCUUUCCAGGCAUUUCUCGUGAACCAAAUGGCUAUAAUCAGUCAUCUUUGGCUUCAUCAAGUUCUACUAUGUCUGAGAAGGUAUAUCCUCAGGGUCUCAACUCAUCCAGUAGUUCAAAUACGUCCAGCAGAGAUGGUGAUGCUUGGAAUUCUUCUAGUGGUACCAAUUCAGCUUUGGCAUCUGGCAUGAAUCAAUGCUACAAGUCAUCUUUAGUUGAGGAAGCAAACUCAGACUUCAAAGAAGAAAGUCCUAGGGAUGCAAAGAAUUUCCAAAAUGAUGCAGAAGUGACCAUUAGAGAUGAUGAAAAUAAUGAAAUUGGUUUCCAAGAUCGUAGAAAGUGCACGCAUGACAGAUUUAUGGGGAUCAAUCUGAAACUAAAAGAAAGUUCUAGCUCAUCAAUUGAUUCCGGCAAAAACAAGGUUGAUCAAAUAUUUGAUGAUGUAGAUGUGGGUGAGUGUGAAAUUCCUUGGGAAGAUCUGGAUCUUGGUGAGAGGAUUGGACUAGGUUCAUAUGGGGAAGUCUAUCAUGCUGACUGGAAUGGCACGGAGGUUGCUGUGAAGAAAUUUUUAGACCAGGAUUUCUCAGGUGCUGCUUUAGCUGAAUUCAAAAGAGAAGUGCGAAUAAUGCGGAGAUUACGCCAUCCAAAUGUUGUUCUCUUUAUGGGUGCUGUUACACGCCCUCCGAAUCUCUCUAUCAUUUCGGAGUUUCUUCCUAGGGGGAGUUUGUAUCGGAUUCUUCAUCGUCCUCACUGUCAAAUUGAUGAGAAGCGUAGAAUUAAGAUGGCUCUCGAUGUGGCAAGGGGUAUGAAUUGCUUGCAUUCCAGUAUACCUACAAUUGUUCACCGGGAUUUGAAGUCACCAAAUCUUUUGGUUGAUAAAAACUGGAAUGUGAAGGUUUGUGAUUUUGGGUUAUCACGCUUGAAGCAUAACACCUUUUUGUCAUCCAAAUCAACUGCAGGAACACCUGAGUGGAUGGCACCAGAAGUUCUCCGUAAUGAACCCUCAAAUGAGAAGUGUGAUGUAUAUAGUUUUGGGGUCAUUCUUUGGGAGCUUGCUACGCUAAGAUUGCCAUGGAGUGGGAUGAAUCCAAUGCAAGUUGUGGGUGCAGUUGGUUUCCAGAAUCGUCGCCUCGAAAUUCCCAAGGAUAUCGACCCUAAAGUCGCAAUGAUAAUUUGGCAAUGUUGGCAGUCGUAA